AUGGCGGUAAAUUUGAUCGAUAAAAACAGAUUGCGCGAAAUUAAAAAAGAUCUUCGCCUCUCUUCUGAGAAAUGUCUGGCCAGGGGACUUGUACACACUGCAAAAUGGUGAGUUCAUGUCAUAAUUUUAUUCUACCAGGAGGAGGUACACUAAGAAUUAUAGUGAUAUUUGAAUAAUUUGAUAAUUUUAUAAAUACUUGAUAGUCGAUUAGUUGCAUAGUUAAAUAUUAGACUAGUUCAUACUUGAUAGCGUAGCGCCUGUUUAGGUUGUAGCAUUUAAUAUUUUGUGCAGUUUCUGAUCUUCCAACUUACAAAGGGUUCUUGAGAAAGACCCCCAAGUCAAUUUUUUCCAAACCCCAUUUGCCCCCCACUCCCUAGGUAUAAAGUUGUCCCCAACCCCAAGGUUGGCAAAAAUGUGUGCGGAAGGAUUAUCUUCGGCGUGCCACAUGCAUGGCAAUCUUGGCAGUCUUGUACCCGCCCACUCAUUAGCCAGAAAGGUGUAUCCCCAUGAGAUGAACCUGUAUCCAUACCUGCUAAUUCCAUCAUAUUAAUGUUUUGAAGGGCUGCAGACUUGUCACUAAGCCUUGAUGUAACCCUGCCACCCGAGCCUCGCAAGUCAACUGAGAAUAUUGCACUACUGUCAGAAUACGACAGUUAUCUCUUGGGGAAAUCGUGUUUUGAUUCCAAAGAGUUUGAACGAGCAGCAUUUUAUUUGGAAGAAUGUCAGAGUCAUCAAUGUUACUUUCUCAAGAUUUACUCCAUGUAUCUGGUAAACACAGUUGCACUUCACACACAGUUGCUUCUGGUAAACACACAGUUGCUACGCCCUUGCAGGUGUAAAUAUGGAAAUUGAUCUGUUGUUCAAUUGUAUUUCUAGGCUGGCGAGAAGAAGAAAAAUGACCAGAAAACUGAUCUUCUUGGUUUGUCUGACUUCAUUAUUGAAACUUUUCUACAAUGUUUUAAAUAAGUUCGAUUUUUCACUACUGCCAUAUUAAUUUUAGGUCCUUUAGAAAAAACUUCAAUACAGAAUAAGAAUCUGCCAUUACUAAAGAUAGAGCUAUCUAAGAAACGAAAACACUUAGAUGGCUUUGGUCUUUAUAUGUGAGUAAUUUAUCAUUUUUUACACUUAACAGUUUUUUGGCAAAAACAGAAGUAUGAAAGAAAUAGUUUUUGAAUUGUAUGUACAAUCUUCAGGUUUGGUAUUGUCCUGAGAGAGCUUGGUUUGAAGCAAGAAGCAUUAGAAAUUCUUCUACAAUCUGUGGAAAAGGAACCGUUACUUUGGGCGACUUGGAUAGAAAUUGCAGCAUUGUGCAGCACGAAAGAAGAGGUUUGCUAGCCUACAUUCAACAAUGCUUGACAUGAAAAGUUGUUUAAUAUGAGUCUUUGGAUAAUUCCUAAAAUGACAAAUUUUGUGUGUACACUUCCAUUGUUCACCAAAUUGAAAUAAAAUUUUAGUUUGGUUCUGAAUUUAUCCAGCCCUGUCUGAAUUUUUGGACAUUGAAGGUAGCAACAUACGCAAGCUAGCUUCAAUUAUGACAACACUUGAAACUUAUAGUAUUUUUUCCAUUAUUUUUUCCAGGUUCAAAAUCUAGUGUUACCCAAACACUGGAUGAGAAUGUUCUUUGAUGCACAUGCAGCCAUUGGGCUACAACAGAAUGCUGAAGCUUUACAAAUGUACACUGAUUUUUUGAACAGUGGCUUUAAGAAAAGUUCCUACAUUUUGUCGCAGUUGGCUCUAGCACAAUACAACUUGAAAGGUAGUCGAAGAAUUGUUAAGUUUAUCUUAACCUUGAUUAUCACAGGUGGAAAACUUGACUAAGACCCAAAAUAUGAUCCUAUACAACACCUGAUAGAUUUGUCCAAAUAAUACGAGAAAGCUGCGAAUUCACAGGAAUUCAACUACCUGAAGAAGUAAAACUUCGACAAUCCACAUGAUAGCGAUUUUUCAAUCUUUCAAAAAAUACUUGAAAGCAGUGAGACUACGAACAUGGACCCACAAGUUCUAAUAAACUUUAAUGUGGGUUACAUCUGUAGGAAACAACAGUCAAUUUGAGAAAUAGCCACACUAUCAAGCCUUCCUAUAACGUAAUACCACAAGAUCCUGAGAUAGAUGUCGGGAUCCUACAAGAUUUCUUUUCUGGUUCUGUAGAUUUUGACCUUGCAGUUGAGCUGUAUGACGAAGUUAAUAAAGUUGAUCCGUAUAAUCUAGACAACAUGGAUACAUAUUCAAAUAUAUUAUAUGUCAAGGUAUGUUGAUAAUAAUUAAUUGUAUAUUGCAGUAUAUGAGGGAAUGCAUCCUAAGAGUCAUUUAGAGAGCUUCAGAUUUGACUACCACUACCUCUUACUGGCUUAGAACCCAUCUGAUUGGUUAAUCCAUUGAGUGGCAACACUCUCCACUUGACGAGUAAAAUCAUCUGGCGUUGGACAGAGUAAAAUACUAAAGUAGGGCGCAUCAGGGUGCAUUGCCACCACGGUUAAUAUUUUCCUCCUUCUAUUAACCGUGUUGCCACUUAAAGGGUUAAUGGUCCCUUAAUGGUAGUGGUGGCAAAAGUCAGAUCAGAACCUCUAUUUAGAGAUGAAAAGUUUCUGAUGGCUGAGCUAUAUAAAAAUGUAUAUUGAUGUUUAUAUAAAAUUGUCAAGGCUUGCUGUGUAAUUUUAUUAUUUGUAGGAAAUGAAACCAGAACUAAGUCAUCUGGCACACCAUUGUUUUGAAAUUGAUAAAUACCGAGUGGAGACAUGCUGCGUUGUUGGUAAAUAUAAAUUUUGGAAUGCCAAGUUCAGAUAGUGUCCUGAGUAAAGGCCCAACCUCCAAACCUUCCCUAACCUCACAAAGUUUACUGCAGUGCAGUGCAAUACAUUAUAAUUAUAUUUCAGCCAACUUCUACAGUUUACGACAAUGUCACGAGAAAGCCAUCUUAUAUUUUCAACGAGCUUUACGUCUUAACCCGCGAUAUUUGUCAGCCUGGACAUUAAUGGGACAUGAAUACAUGGAAAUGAAGAACACAUCGGCAGCUAUCGAGUCCUAUCGCCAAGCAAUCGGUAUGUGUUGUCAUUUUUCAACAGUAUCAUUUUCGUCAGUGCCUGUUUUCUAAGUUCAGUUCUUUGUUUCUCCAGAGGUCAGUCCGCGUGAUUAUCGUGCAUGGUAUGGACUGGGACAGACAUAUGAAAUACUGAAAAUGCCGCUGUACAGUUUAUACUACUUUUCUCAAGCUCAACGGUUAAAGUAAGUACUGAAUUAUGGGUAAAAUCAGAAUUGUCCUUUGUUGGAAACACGAUGUAUAAUUAUUAUUUGCAAAACUUGCGCACGAAAACGAGGCUCAAUAGCCAACUACUUUCCAGAAGGGGCUACUUACUCGAGUUCUGUAAUCAUGAAACUUUGAUAUUUCAUAUUGUUUAUAUUUGGGUAUCAUUUGAUAUUUUUCAGACCAAAUGAUUCCCGUACAGUUGUGGCUUUGGGAGAAUGUUAUCAGAAACUAAAUCGUGUUGAUGAAGCCAAGAAGGUAUUCACUUCAGCGCAGCCUGGGUUGACUUUCCUUAUAUAGAUAUUUUGUUCCCGUGUAGACAAUUCAUGCUCAGACUUGACCACCAUCAGGUAGCCCGCAGACGUUGUUAUUAGAGAGUUUGAGCAAGACAACGAAGUACGAAGACGAAGGCGUACUUAACAAUUUUUGCCGUCUGCACAUUAUCUUGCGCAUACUGAGUUGGACGUCAUUGGUGGUUGCUCAACGUGACUUCCCAUGUGUCGCUGUUUAUAAAUACUGACCAUAAUUCUUGCCCUGACCCAGAAAAAAACAGCGAGACAUGAAACUAUAUCCCGUCUUUGUCGUUCUGCCUUCGUUCGGAACGAAGUUCACAGCGAAUUUUGCCAAAAUAUUCGUUGUGAACGAAGGCAGAAGAACGAAGACGGGAUCUGGAUUCAUGUCUCGCUCUUUUGUCCUGAUUAGGGUAAGGAUUUGGGUCAUCAUUUAUAAACAGCUAGACAUGAAUCUCUAAUCUGUCUUUACUCCUGACCCUAAACUCAGAAUGCGCAAGGUAAUGUGCAAGACAGGCAAAAAUUGACAACCACGUCGUCGUCCGACUUCGUUCCCUUGCUCAAACUCUCUAUUCUUACGCCAAGCGACGAAAAACUUGUUGCUUGGCAUAAGAAUAACGUCUGCGAGCAGGUUAACCAUCAGGUACACGAUAGUGUUUAGUGAAACCAUGCUUAACGUCAAACUAUUUUUAGUGUUACAGACGAGCAAUUGCAGUUGGGGAUUUUGAUGGCCUUGCAGUUCUACGAUUAGCAAAGUAAGCUUUCUGCUGCAGCAAGUUUUUUCCUCUUGUUCAUGUUAACCAUCUUUUUCCAUUGUUCAGAUUACAUGAGAGACUUUUGGAAGAAGACGAGGCGGAAAAAUAUUACACCAGCUACAUCAAGAAAGUAGAGGUGGUUGGGGUACGUGUUUAGAGAUCGGUGUAGCUACAAAACUGCAUGUCGUGGUUUGUGUCUGAACUACCUGAAACACACUUCGUCUGUUUCGAUACUUGCAGGUAUUGUCCACGGAAGAUCUCCCUGGUGCUUAUACAUUUUUAACUCGUCAUUUCAUCAAGAAGAAACAAUAUGAUGAAGCAGGGAAAUAUGCUCAAAAAUGUUGCGAUUUUGCAGAGGUAAGAAGAACCAAUGACAAUGUACAGUUUUCCCACGGAUAUUAGCUUGGUUCAGAUUUUACUUCCACUACCUCUGCCUCUCACUAGCUCAGUACGCAUUUGGUUGGCUAAUUGGGUAGACAAAAUCUGAUUGGCUAAUUGGGUAGACAAAAUCUGAUUGGCUAAUUGGGUAGACAAAAUCUGAUUGGCUAAUUGGGUAGACAAAACGCAUUUGAUUGGUAAAUUGGGUAGACAAAAUCUGAUUGGUUAAUUGGGUAGACAAAACGCUUUUGAUUGGUUAAUUGGGUAGACAAAAUCUGAUUGGUUAAUCGGGUAGAUAAAACGCAUUUGAUUGGUUAAUCAGGUAGACAAAACGCAUCUGCUUGGUUAAUGGUCUCUUAAUGGUUUUAGUAUUUUCAUUAUCUGUUUGUAUGACAAGGACAUACCUGUAACAUAAUCAUUGAAAUUUCAUUGGCUGAAAAGCUCAUUAAUUAUUUACUAUUUUAUCAGUCUCGUGAAGAUGGGAAGACAAUGCUUCGUCAAAUAUCGGAGCUCCGAUCUCUCGCCGAGUGUACGUCGACGCCCAUGAAUCGUGUCCCGCCGGAAAGCUUGCAACAUCUUACUACAGAUAUGCAAAUAUCACCCAUGAAUUUGACGUUUUCACCAUAAGAUUGAGGUUUGUGAUUGAUAUUAUAUGACAUUAGAAGUAUACAUGCCGAGAAUUCUUUAUAUUAGACAAGCUGUUAUAAAUAAUCAAUUUAUAUAUUAACCCAUGUUUAAAUGCAAUUCUAAUCUUAAUGUUAACCCUAACAUCCACCUUAACCCCAUAAAAUAAUAAAACAUAAAACAUGACUAAAAUAAUAACGGGCAAUUACGGGAACCACUGAGUAUUUUGAUAAAAUACAAAACAAUAGAUACUCCGAAAAUUGAAAGCAUUUUGAAAAAUUGAAAGCAUUUUGAAUUUUUUUUUCAAAAUGCUUUUUGAAUUUUGAAUUGGCUUUUUGAAUUUUGAAUUUUUUUUUCAAAAUGCUUUUUGAAUUUUUCAAAAUGGCUCUUUUAAAAGCACUUUGCUGGGCAUUAAUAUUUAUUAUCAGAAUUCGUUUCCCGCCUGGUACUUCUCUGGUAACAUCUAUUGUUUUGUAUAAUAACGAGCGCUGUUGGAAUAGGUGAGAAAGACAUAGCGAAUAAAGCAACGAGGGUUUCAUUUAAAAUUCACACUCCUGAACGUUACUUUUACACACGGUUUUCCUCUUUGUUUGAGCUCGGAUGUUUUUGAUCUGACGAGGAUGAUUCGUUGUAAUUUCUAAGUUCUACACUUGUCUGGACUGUACUUAGACCUACAGUCUCAGAUUCAUGCGCCUUGUGAGAACCGUGAGUAAUGGACACCACUGUCUGUUCACUAUGACUUGUGUCCAUUCGCGAGGAGCGCUGUUCCUACAGAAAGUAAACCAUCCAAUGAGUUGUAUUGCAAUGCUUGGCAAAGGAAGACUAAACUAAACGCUAAACUAACUUCAUGCAUACUGGGUAUCAGUUUUAUACUGUUUCUCUGGACUCCAUAAGAAUCAUUCGUCGUGUUUUACUAUCAGUUCUGAACAAGGGAGCAAGAUGCAGUCUGCAAAGCAGGCUAUUCUAAACUGUUCUCUGUAGAGGUUCGGUAAGGAUCAUCCUUUAUCUAUAAAGUUUUAUAUUUGGUAGAGUUCAACUGGGAGUUCUCUAAUCUAAGUCGUAUGACUAUUUUCAUCACAGACAGUUUGAGAUUUUAAGUAUUUUAGCAAGGCAUGAGAAAGUCCGCUAGCAUGGCAGCAUGCUGCCAGGAAAUUUUUUUAAUCUCACAGGAAAUUUUUAAGGAAAAGCAAGAUAUCAAGAAUGAAGCUCGAGAAAUUUCAAAAAUCAGCAUCAAACAUCACAAUUAGAGCAUAAAUACAACAAUCAUAUCAUAAAAAUUUGUAUCAUGUGGCAGUGCUACCGCUAUAUUUUUCUUAAUAUUGAGGCAGUAUAUGACUUAUUAAGGUGGUAUAUACGAUGCUGUUGUUGAAUUACAAUCAAAAUUCAAAUUUAUAAAACAAAUUGACAGGAAAUUUUUGGUCUGGGAAGCCUGCUGCCAGGAAGAAAAAUAUUUUAUCAAUGCUUGGAUUUUAGUGCCACAGCUCGCCCAAUUAAUUAAUUUUAUUUUACUCACAGACGACUGAACUGGAUCACAGCAAACAUUCGUACAUGCCAAGAUUGAUGCGAUAAAUGACACCAUGAUCAUAAAAAUAUUCGCUGCAGUCAUUACGGCGAGCAGAACACGUGACACGUCGCCAUCCUCGCAACUUAUUCCAUCUAAAAUAUUCAGAUUGAAAUUAAAUUACAAGAAUAUUUUAAACAUAUGAGGGUCCAGUGUAAUAAAUCGAAUUAUCGGAAAAAAUAAAACUGCAACGCUUCGUGGGAAUGUGUGGUUCAUUCAAAUUUAUUACAGUAAGGUGGUUCAAUUUAAUCUUAUUUAUUUAUUUAUUUAUUUGGCAAACCUGCAAGAUACAGUUAUUUUCCAAACGUUUCCGACACUUACAUAAUUUCUUAAAACAGACGCACUCUCCUCUCGAAUUAUCCUCACAGGCGCCAGGUUCUUUAUACAUCUGCCAAAAUACUGAAGUCACUGCUGCCCCAAUCGUUGAUACAACGACUGAAAUGAUAUGGAAACCGAUCGAUGCUUUUACCUAAAAUGAAGAAUUGAAAGAUGAAACCCUGGAUGUACCUGCAGUGCACGUCGCGAAGAAUAGAAUUCUUUUGUGUGUAUGAUGCAAAUACUAAUUGAAAAAAUACCACUCGUGUGGGACUUUGCUGGCGCAGUGCCGCAGUGAUCAGACCAAAUGCCUUUUGUGCAUGGGUUUCAUUCUCGCUACGGACUCGUGUGGAAAGAGUCAGUCAACGCUCUGCUCAAAGUCGUGGGAUUUCUCUGGGUACUCUGCUUUGCACCCACAAGGAAAGUUGACAGAGUGGGUCUGGAAAAACAGUUAAGAAUAAGCAAUUGUGAUAUUAUUUUCUUAAUAAGAAAGUAUGGAAUUAAAUCAACGCAAUACUUGAUUGUAAAGCGUAUUUGAUCAUAUCCAAAGAAUUGAAGGAGUUGAAGGAUACUUCUAUUUUGGCAUAGACUCAAGAGUCUUGAUAUAAUUUGCCUUUGACAGCUGGGGAAUCAUCUCACUAUAAUUAUCUUAGCAAGGUUUAUUUUUUAUCUCUAUACUUACAUAAAUUGUUGGUGUGGUAGUCACGCCGGAGAGAACACACAACACUCCAGGAAUAGCGUACUAUUUGGAAAGAAAAAAAGUAUACAUUUCAUCUUGAUUUUCUUCUAAUACUACACCAAGACUGUAAUGUAAAGAGAUGAUAAACAUUAUACUCUAAUUAAUUCAAAAGCGCGGCGAUUCUUUCAUGGCAGGUGUUUCCAAUAUACACAUUUCAGCUAAAUCUAAUCUUACCGCGCACAUACAAAUUUUUCUUUCGUACGUUUUUUGUCAUGGUUUAACGUCAUAAAUAUGCAUAUAUACUUUAAAAACUACUAUACAGUCAACUCGUCCAUGGUAGUUAUUUAUUUGAUUUACGAAUCAUUACAUCCUCUAUACUAGUCAAUCCUUGACAAUGAACUCUUUUGAGGUGCUUUUUUUGCUGCGAUAAAGUUGAAAUCUUUUGGCAGAUCAAAGCGAUUUUGCUAUAUAGACUAAAUUAUAACAUACAUUUCACAAUAGGCCCGAUUUUAAGAUAUAUUCCGCAAUAUUAAUAGACAGAUGGCAAUACCGGCAUGAAUAUAGUAUUAUUCUAUAGUAAAAUAUAAUUAUCUUGAAUCAUAUGCUCUUUUAAAAAUUUUUAAAAUUUUCCGAAAUGACAAGAGAAACUUUUUUGAUUAGUUCUGUUGUAUUUAGAGAAUUUGAAGUUUCAUAGAUUAUGUUCAAAGCUUUGCCUUUUUCAGGAAGCGAAUAAAAUUCUCAUUUUAUAGUUAUAUAUGUCUUGCUCAAUCUAAAAACAAAACAGAUGUCAAUUUUCAUAUGUCAGGCCUGAAUGAGAGAAAAUUUCAUAAACGUUAUUAGAUAUUAAUAAAAAAAGAUUACAUAUUAUGCAGGACAAAUAGUCGUACACGGUGUACUACUUACGUAUAAAUAAAACAAAGAAUACCACUCGGUUCCUGCGCCAUCAGAAUAUUUGUGGAGGACAAUUUUCGUACAUAUUACAAACGUCAGAGAUAGGAGUAGUUCUAACACUCCAAUGAUGACAAAAUACAGCCGUGAUCCUGUGAGGUCAACCAUAGUCUAUCUCGCGUUAUAGACCUUUUCACUGAGGACGAGAACAACGCUCAUAAUGAAUGCAAUUGACAUGUGCUGAUGUGCAGGAAAAAAAGUGAGAUUUAUUUUCACAUGUCAUCUGAUUAGCGCAUUAAUCUGAAUAUGCUGAUUUAUAUGGAGUCAUUAUAUUUUAAUGUAAUAUUUCAUUGGAAGGAAGAGAAUACUGUAAAUGCGUAUUGUAAUUGAUACAAAACCGUUAAUAUUUGUAAUAUUGUCCAUUUCCACACUCGAUUGGUCAGUUUUUCACGCUAAAUUCAGUUGAUAUAGUUGAUUGAUCAAAGUAGUUUUGGUCGAAAUUAAAUAUUGACAGUACAUUACAUUUAAAUUAUAUUUAAAUAUACGCCCAAUUAGAAUUCGGCGAAGGCAAGUGGUUGAAUAUCUGAUGCAGUACGGACACAGAUGCUGUAUAUAGCUUGUCUGGAUUAGAACAAUUAGUUUCUUGAGAAAAAUGAAGUUAUGCUUCAAGUGCCUUCACAGCCCAUUAUUUCCCUUUGUUUGUUUUUUCCUGAAUAAGUAAUCAGGAGUCUGUUCAAGUACCUAAUCUAAGCCCCCUCCCUGGGGCAGCUUUUUUUUCCCAAUGGUUCUAUUGCCUGGGGGCUUAUUGGAGGUGGGGGUUAAAGACGAAACGGAGAAUUCUGGCUAUUUUAGCUUUUUUCGAUUCACGAUUUGGCCAAUUUAGACAAUCUUCCUAGGCUCCCUGUGUUUUUCUCUGUCGGACAUGUCAUUAUUUUUCGUCUUUUUAUUCUUUUUGGAUUUAUAUAAAACAGAAAUGGCAUACUAAAAUACGUAAAAACACGGCGUGAUAUCCAGUUUGUACAAAAUACUAAAAUAUCUUGCUUCAAUGGUGUAAAAUGCGAGAAUAGAGCGAUAAAGUCGGGGGUCAAGUGUGACAAAUCAAGUAUGCCAACAAAGUGACCCAUGUUGUCAUAAUUUUAAACUUGCUUAGAAGGUAAGAUUUCACUUGAAUUUUCAUCACUUGUGUUCUUUUCAUUAUAUGUGUUUGCUUUUGGAAUAUUGGGUAACUGGGAAAAUGUUUUAAAUUUCUACUGCUAACCAGCUAACAAUAAAUUGAUGAGUAUUGUGUAAAUAUUAUGAUAUUGAUCGUGUCUUGUGCAAUCUAUUGUGACAUGGGAAGACGUUUUUUUGAAGGAUAUUGAAAAAUCCUUUGGUUUUUACAUGAGCUAUACAUGCCUUUGACCUUUUAACAUUCGCACUUAAAGAAUAUGUGUUGUAGACUUUGAGAUGUAAAUUCUCUAGAAAAGUUGAGGUCCAGUGUGGGGAGUCUCUAUUGUCAAAUGAUUUCUGUUUUUCUUAAAACUAGCAUAAUAAAACCCUUUAGUCAUAUAACUUGUGUGCCUCUGAAGAUUAACCAUUAAUGUCCAAUAGGCCUCUCAUGAUGGAUAAUAAUAUCUGGUAUUAGACAGAAUAUAAUAUAACAGAGACGGCUGCCUAAUUGGUCAAUACAAAAACUAUGUAAAUAAUAAAUCAAAAAUAGUUCAGUAAUCAAUGUAAAUACAGCAUCUGUACAUUAGAAAUCUUUUUUUUCUUUUAAAGAAAUUAUUCUUGCACAUCAAAAUAUAUAAAUCAAAGACAGAAAGCAACAUGACAGCAAACGGUUCAGGUUUAGACAGGUUUUUAAGCAAAAUUACUGCAGAUGUUGUAAGAGCGGGAAUUGAAAAGGUGUCAUAUACGGAUGUUGAAAUAGAUGAUGAAGAUUCUCUCUUAGGACAAUUGAAUGAUGAUUUGUUUAAAGAUUCUGUUAUAGAAACUAGUUGUGGCAUGCAAUUUCCUGACUUGCCCGAAAUCAAACCUGAGGACAUUUCAAAUGCAUAUGUCCAUGAAAGAUGUUGUAUCCUUGUAGAAGACACAAUUAUUGAAGUUUAUGAUGAAUUGCGAAGGAUAUUUGACUUAAAUGAUCAAAAAAUGUCAAAUGAUACUGAAUCUUCAAAAAAGAAACUUCUGGUACUUGAUUGUAUAAAGGAUUCUGAUCGCUUACAAGCAUAUUUCCAGAAGUUGUCCCUAAGCAUCAUUCAAAAUGCAUUGGAGAAGAUAGUUGAGGACAGUAAACAUGUGGAACCUUAUUUGGUUUCUGAUAUAAAAAGUGAUAUUGAAAUUGAUGCUCAACAAGGAAGUGAGUCGAAUAUUGAGAAAAAUUUGGAUAAUAAUAUUGACAACACUGCUCAUGAUCUUGAAAUUAAUUCUCAACAUGAAAACAGUUUUAAGAAUGACAAUCCAUCUGUGAGGGAUAAUUCCCAAGUUGAUUCUGUUGUUCAAAAUGAAGAUUCCAAUAUAGAUUCUGGGCAAACAGGUAGCACGUCGGGAAGUUUAGGUUUCACUACUGCGAAUUCUACAAUGUAUCAAACAGAACACAAUGGAAGUUUUAAUGGACAAUCUAGCAAUGAAGACAGUUUCUUUAGUGCAAAGAAUUCAACCCAGGGAAAUGGUGAACAUACAACAGCUGAUUCUGCGAUGUUUACAACUGCUGAUGAUUUUAAAGAAAAUUCCAGUAUAUUUCUGAGUUUUGAUUCACCACAAGAUUCCACCAUUAUGAUGCAAAGUCCUCCAGGGAGGAUUGACAGUUCAGACAUUGACAUAACACUGACAUCUGGCCCUCGUCAGAGCACACCACUUGUUGAUGACAAGGACAACAACCAUGAAACAACUUUGUCUUCUGCUGAAGCAUCAAACAUACUUCCCGAGGGCUUACAACAUGGAGGCAAUGACGCUGGCCCUCAUCAGAGCACACCAUUCAAGGAUGACAAUCAUGAAACAACUUUGUCUUCUGCAGACAAACUUUCUGACGACUUACAACAUGAUGUGACAGAAUAUCAGAGGACGCUGCAGGAGUUGUCUGGGGAUGAGUCGUCAUUUGGUGAUCCCUCUAGUCCUAGGACAUUGUCUCGUCAAUCAAGUGCAUUUGGAAAUGUGACGCUGGAAUUUGAUACUGACUGGGAAGCCAGCAUGAAGGGAAUGCAAGAGGAGACUGGGAUAAAGUCAAGAUCUGAAGGUAAGAAUGAAGCAGUGUCUUCACUAUUGCUACUGUAUGUUUGCAGACCAUCCAGCCAAUAAUGAGAUCAGUUGAUGAGCCAUCCAGUUUGUCAGACUGUCACUUACUCAGUCCACAAUUGGUCUGUUGGUUGGGUCAGUCCAAGAAAUACUGCUGCUUUUUCUUGACAAGCUUUCUGCUAUCAGAUCAAUAGCCUUCUAUAGGUCUAUGAUAGCUUGUCAAUAAAAUUUGGUAAUAGAGCAUCUCAAACCUAUCUCAUGUCCUGUGCCAUGUGUUUCACAAAUUUUUGUCUAUGUUUUAACUUUUCUUAUAUAUUAUUGUUAGAGAAACACAAAGUUAUCUUGCAUGAGUUAUCAUUUGAAGACCAUGGUCAUCGUCUGAAAGCGCCAGAGUUGCUAUGCCCUGUGUUCUUGGCCGUCCAAGAUGACGAGUUUGGGGAUGAAGAAAGAAAGAAAAAGCAAAGAAUGUCUCAGAGUAUUGACGAUCUUUGUGAAAUGAUAUCUGAAGAUAGCGAUGAUGAUCAAGGUAUAUUAUGUCUAGGUGCUUGUGUCUUCAGCCAGCCCACCAUAUCUAACCCAAAUCCUAAUCAAUGAUUACUUAUACUAAUGCACACAGGUAAACAUUGCCAUACCAUGAAAGUUUCCAAGUCAAAAUGUGGUUCACAGGUUUCUUGACCCAAAAGUCACUAUGCUUUUUAAACCCUUCUGAGUUUGAAAUUUUCUAAGUCAGUAUGUGGCCCCUUAUCCAUAGUUGGCUGAGAAUCCAGGUAACAGAUAUUAUAGUAGAAUUUAUAGUAAACAUAUGGAGUACAUACAAGUGCAGAUAAGGAAUCAAUUACAUAGACAUUCUAACCCAUACCCUAAUGAGAAAGAGAAUGAACUGGACAAAACAUGGCAACAGGAAAAUAAGAAAACAAUUAUGGGAAGGUAACAUUUGCAUUCCCUUCUUUAAUUUAGAUCUCCCUCUGCGGAGGCGGGCAAUGUCCCUUGAGUGUAAAAAACCUCCAUCUAAAGAGCAACGUAAGAAAGCUCCGACAAGGGAAGAACUCAUGGCCGCAUUUGAAGAACUGCAGCAUGAAAUUAUGGAAGAGAAAGAAUUGGAAGAGGAGGGUACAAAUGAGCAGGAUGAGGAGCAGAAGGGGACACCAGCUGGAGAAAUAAUGGAUAACCAGGAACAUGGAUUAGAUGAUCCAUUGAGGUGGCACACUGUUGUUUUUAAUGGACAACACAAAGUGAUUGAUUUGAAAUUGCUUGAACCUUUCCUCAAGGUUCUUACACAUGGAGGUAAGAAUUCAUUCAAAACCCAUUGCUGGAAAAUUAAAUUUUCUCCAUGUGUGUCUAGAUUCACAAUGUAUCCCAUGUAGUUAGGCAAACUGGCAUGUGUGGGUGUAAAUGGAGCCAACAGAUGCAUUUUUUAGUCAAGACAAACCAGAGACGGAUUUUCAUAUUUUCGUUCAGGGGGGUGGAUAAAUGAAAAAGUUUAACAAAAUUUGUUUCUAGGCCUGCAUGGCAAGAUCUGAGACCAUAAUAUUGGUAAUUUUACAAAUUUAGUAGUAAGAAUAAUCAAAUAUGAAACUAUUAAAUCAAAAUAUAUAUAAUUUGCGGGGUACAAAAAAUUUUUGGGGCGGCGCCAAAUGCCUCUAGGGGGGUGCCAAUCAUUUCCGGAGGGGGGGGGGUGUACGUGCCUGAGACAAACUGCAAUCGUCUAUGUGUAUAAGAGUACAAGAUGUUGUUACCUCUAGGUUAUCACCAUGAAGGUGACAAGAAGACAGUGAUUGUGGUUCUCACAGCUUGUAACUUACCAAACAAGAAGAUGAAAAGAUAUCCGUUUUUGAUGGAACAACUUUUCUUGUAAGUUUUUCAGUUUCAGUUUUAAUAUUGGAAAUAACUUCCACUCCAGAUGAAAUGGAUCUUUGAAAAGGUACAUAGAUCUUAGAUUCAGUGUUCUCUCUUGUAGUUUCAUAAUCAGUACGAUGGACCUGCUAGUUACAUCUGAGGAAUAUAUCUUUGUUUAUUUCCACGGAGGAACCAGCAAGAAUCAGUCACCUAGUUUCUCAUGGUUAAAGAAAUAUUACCAAUACAUUGAUCACAGGUAACAGUGAUAUUUAUUAAUAUAUUCAAAUGAUGGGAGUCAUCUUCAGACAAGAUGUAAUAGAGUCCCAUGUUAGGAUGGCUGCUGUUCUUUCAAACAUUGCAGGUUUUCUCAGAACCUUAGCCAGAAGUGUUGAGCUUUAAUCCCACUGGUAAUUUGUGUUAUAAUUUAGAUUACGAAAGAGCGUCACUAAAGUGUAUGUCGUCCAUCCUAAUCUUUGGCUAAAAAGUGUCUUCCGGCUUUGUCGUCCAUUCUUAAGGUAA